AUGAAAUCCAUUAUUUUGAUUGCUUUUUCUCUUUUCUUUGCUGUUUCCAUGACCUUCGCCUCAGUACCUUACGUUACUAUGCCGAAUUCAGAAACCAUCGCACAAUGUGGAAAACCUUUAGAAGUCAAGUGGACAAUUGAAAGCCAAGAAGGUCCCGAAAAGCAACCGAUGUAUUUAUACCAAGGUGACAACGAAAAAAAUCUUAAAAAACUCCUGACAAUUACCGAAGCGUGUAAUUUGAAAGAUCAAAAGUUACAGUAUACACUUCCUACAAAUUUGGCCACUGAUGACAAUUACGCUGUUUGCAGAAAUUUAGCCAUAAAUUUAAGAUAG